AUGGCGGCAGCCAGUCCGGGGCAAAGCCCAGCCGCGGGAUCAUCCAAGCCCGCGUCGCGGGGACGCUCUGGAACGACAUCGCGGAAGCAGCGCUCUCUGUUUCGACGUCGACGUUUGGGUGCACAUACUUUUCAAAGCGCUGAUGAGUUUGAUACCAUCGCCGUGCUUGGCACUGGCUCUUUUGGCAAGGUGUUCGAAGUGGCGCACAAACAGACGCAAGAGCGGUUUGCCCUCAAGGUUCUGGACUGGGCAGAGAUGCAGCGCCUCGAUAUGAUUGAUCAGCUUGAAGCUGAGAAGCACAUCAUGCGCAAGCUCGGUCAACACCCACACAUAGUCGGCCUGUUGGCGACCUGGACGUCAGCCACCGACCUAUACAUGCUGCUUCAGCUCGUGCCAGGCACAGACUUGUUCGAAAUUGUCCGAGCACACAAAGUGGUGCCUCCUCCACGUGCUGCUCGCUACAUUGCUCAAAUCGCUCGUGGGUUGGACUACGUUCACCACAAGCACAUUAUCUAUCGGGAUCUCAAGCUGGAAAACCUGCUCCUUAACGAGGCAACUGAUUCGGUGCUGCUCACCGACUUUGGAUUGGCCAAGGACGUGCACUCUCGCAACGGAAAAACAAAGACCAUCUGCGGCACAAUCCAGUACAUGAGUACGGAAGUGCUGGCUGGUAUGCCAUACAAUUAUCGAGUUGAUUGGUGGUGCUUGGGUGUUGUUUUGUUUGUGCUCAUGGUGGGCAAAUACCCCUAUGGCCAAGUACGUUUUUGA